CUUUGCAUUGCCUCCUCGUUAUUCGUGAUCGGCAUUACAUAAUGCCCGCCAGCACCAGAAGCUCCAAGAAGCAGGUCAGCCUCGAGGACGUCGGGGCAGGUCGCACCGAAAACGCCAACCCUUCUUCAAACAAAGCCUCUUCGAACAAACGUAAAGCAAGCGAAGACAACGCAAGCGACUCAGUCACCAUCAACCGAGCGCCCGUGCUCGAGCUCUGGGCAAGCUGCGUCACUCAAUUCCUCUACCCAUCUCUUUCGUGGUCUACAUGUCUCAGCGCGGGAGGAGCAAUCUCCACCAUCACAGCCAUUGCAAAGGGCCGGUCAAUAGGCAAGAUCGAUAAACCCGACCCGGAAGAAGCGGAAAAGAGAAAGCAAGCACGACAAGACAAAGCAGAGAAAGAGGAGCUAGACGAGAUCGAGCCCAUGUCUUUCAAGCUCAGCCUGGACAACGAAGGUCAUGCCAUGGUGGGCGGCAAGCCGAAGAAGCCCAACGAAGAGACGUUAGCAAAGAAGUAUGGCGAGCAGUAUGACUCUGUAAAAGAGACGUUCAAAGACGCACUGAAAGCUUGGAAGAGCCGAGAAGACGACCUCAAUUCCCAGGCGUUUGGAAUGUAUGAACAAUUUCGCCCAACAGUCCCACCUGGCCAGUCUGGAUGGGGUCGCAAAGGACAGCUUAACUUGGAGGCUGUCAAGAGCGCCGUGUCUGGUGAUUGAUCAACUUCUGAAUCUGGAGAUGAGUCUGUUUGCCUGAGUUUGUUUGGCAAUCACAAGGCAUGGCAAUCCGCGCAGUUUCGGAGACGACCCAAACAUAUUUCGGUUGUUCCCAUUCUUUCACGGAUGAUUGUGCUGGCUUUGCCACGAUC